CUUGUUAGUAUACCACAUAGAUUCUCCAAUGACACUUUAAGCUUGUUGGCCUUUGCUUCUGCUUCAUUCAUUCUGACUUGUAGCUUUUCCAGCAACAUCUUCUUCUCUUGUACCUCCUCUAUGGAUUUUCUAGAAAAUACUCCAAGGAAUAUGUGUGUGUGUCCACACAAUAAUCAAUGGAAUUAUGACUACUGCUGAACGAACUGAGAUUUCUUGAUGAAGCUUGUCAACAUUCGAUGCAGAAGAUGCAUUUGCUUCAGCACCGUAUGCAUGAGCGCCAGAAGAUGCAUCGACCAGGGAAAAAUUGAUAAAGACAUAAAUAAUAUAUAUGCUGUCUCCAUAACCAUAAGGACAUUGCUUGGUUUUGUGCUUCUAGCUUUGAUAUGGGAAGAUAAGUUCCCACCUUUCAUGCUUCUGAUAAUCGCAAUACUGAAUGAUGGUACCAUCAUGACGAUUUCAAAGGACCUAGUAAAGCCAUCUCCAAUGCGUGACAGUUGGAAGUUGAAUGGGGGGAUUUGAGACCAACAUUGU